AUGGCAAAUGAAGCGAAAGAAUUGCCUGAAAAGUUUAUGGGAACUUUUAAGCUUAGUCGCAACGAAAAUUUCGAAGAAUUUUUGGCUUCAAAAGGUAUAAAUUGGUUUUUAAGGAAAAUAAUCUCGUUUUCUUCUGUUACUAAAGUAUUCAGCUACUCCGAUGAAACCAAAGAUGCCUAUAAUUUGUUCAAUCAAUCGUCUAAGAAAGAUGUGAUUUACAAAAACUGGAAACUAAAGGAAGAAUUUGAGGCUGAAGGAUUUGAUGGCAAAAUUCACAAAGUCAAGUUCGACUUUGAUCCAGUAACGGAAAGUUUAAAAGAGACACAUAUCCGAGUAGACGACCCAAACGAUCAUGGAGAGACGUACACUUACACUGUUGAUGGUGACACUUUGUUGUUGAGUAUGGCAAAUGAAAAAGCAUCCUGCAAACUUUACUUCAUUCGAAAAUCAUCUGGGCAGCAGCAAUCAUCUUCCUAG